AUGAAGAAAACUCCGCCUCCGUACGACAGGAAAUUCACUCCAGGUCGCGACAGGAAGUUGAUUCUGACAGGGGUUAAAGGUCACCACUCAGGGCUGUUGCUGGAUGAUGACUCAUUAUCAUGUGACUCAUCAUCAUGUGGCUCAUCAUGUGACGUCCACGUGAACGACAUCAACUUUGAGAACAUGAGUAACGACGACGCUGUCAGAGUCCUCAGAGAGGUCGUCCACAAACCGGGUCCAGUGACGUUAACGGUGGCAAAGUGUUGGGAUCCAAACCCACGAGGCUGCUUUACACUGCCAAGGAGCGAGCCGGUCCGUCCGAUCGACCCCGCUGCCUGGGUGUCACACACCGCCGCCAUGACGGGGAGUCUACUCCCACACUAUGGCGUGCACGAAGAAAACCAUCUCACCAUCCACAGCGACAUGACGGCUGUUGUCAAGGCGAUGGCCAAUCCUGAGUCGGGCCUGGAGGUUCGGGACCGGAUGUGGCUGAAGAUCACCAUCCCCAACGCCUUCAUCGGUUCAGACGUGGUGGACUGGCUCCACUGUAACGUGGAAGGCUUCACUGACCGCCGCGAAGCUCGCAAGUAUGCAGGAAACCUGCUGAAGGCCGGUUACAUCAAACACACCGUCAACAAGGUGACCUUCUCUGAACAGUGCUACUACGUGUUCGGGGACCUCUGUGGAGAUCUGGGUCUGAUGUCUCUGCUGGAUCAAGAAGAGGCCUCCAGUCGUGGAGGAGGAUCAGAUGGUGACCCCCAGGCUCCAGCAUCAGGUCCCCAGUGGGCCCCAGCCUUCCCCUACCAGUACCCCGUCCCUCACCCCUACAGCUCGCCCCACCCCCUCCCUCAGCUGCCGGCCUGGGGGGGAGGAGGAGAAGGCAGUCAACACAGUGGAGGAAGUCGUAGCAGCGGAUCAAACUGUAGUGACCGUCUGAAGGAAGGAGGGGGAGGAGAGAGCGGAUCAGAGCCCACCAAAGAGAGAGUGAGCACUUCACCUGACAAACAGCUGGUGGCGGACUCCCUCACUGCUGCCGCCGGCACCCGUCAACCCCCAACCUCCUUCUCUGGUCUCCAUGGUAACAAAGACUCUAAGGACCUCCCGCCGGCACCGUCGCCAUCUCAAGCUCAGCCUGGCGACCUUUCUGCUUCCCGGCAGUCCUUCUGCCUGGCCAUGGGAAACCCCAGUGAUUUCUUUGUGGAUGUCAUGUGAUGAUGAUGUCACAACCUGUCCUGGUUUUAAAAAGAAGACAUUUGUACAAUCUGCUGACGCUGAUCAAAGAACCAUAUUUAAGUUUUUAAACUCCACAGAAGGAACUGAACGAAUGAAAGAAACUUUUGUGUUUAAGCAUUUGAACUCAUUCAGGGACGUUUAACUUCAGUAGAACCUCGUUGAUGCUGAACGCGGUGUUUGUUUUGGACAUUCCUCCAGCAGAGUCCUCAGGCUGGGUCGUCUCCAGGACUACAUCUAUAUACUCAGAACAGUUUGAGUACCUUGGGUCUUUAUUGGUUUACUGGGAGAUCUAUACCCAGAAACAUAUCAGUUUAUCGUUGGGAACCAACCAAAGUGUCAUAUUCUGCAGGUCGUUGUGAAGCUCCCUCUGUUGAUGACUUUGAUUGGUUGAUUGAUUACAAUUGUUCCACUUAAAACUGGUGGAAGCACAGUGAAAGAAGAACAGAACAGAUUUGGUGGAAAAACACUACCAGAUACUCAGAAAAGUAUCUUGUGGUCUUUGUAUGUCUUUUACUGGACUACCGAAGCUCUCGGUCUAACGGUGGAUCUCUGGUUAUGAACUUUGGUGAGUAAAAGAAGGAGAUUGCCAUCAGGAAGGAGGUUGGAGGAGGACUGCUAUAUGUUAUAAGCAGUCUGUUCAGGUGGUUUGGAGGUUUCUCUUUAGAGGUAUUCUGGCCAACUGGAAGCAGACCUGGACCUUGCUGAGCCUGCCGCCACCACGUUCAGGCUUCGGGGUUCUUACACUGAAGAGUUAACAAGGUGGAAUAUUUGUUUACUGGCUCAUUAUGGACCAGUUUGUGAGCAGGAUUCAGGUCUCAGUUCUGUACCUCAGUGUUUAUCUUUCCAUUGUCUUCACCUGCAAUCAUAUUGUGCACACCUUUAAUCAUAUUAAUAUAUGAGAUAUCAGUCUGAUGUUUUUAUUUAUGAACAUAGUUUUAUUUUCCUCUGCUGCUCGUCUUCACUCUCUGAAGAGUUUUAACAUUAAAAA